CACUGUCAAACGAUAACGUAAAGUGCAUUCGAAGUUUUUUUUUUAUAACGUAGGUACCGAAAACAAAUUUGUUGAAGAAAGUAAAAAUGGACAGUCAAUUGAUUAAAGUUGAAGUGGAAGAAAAUCCAAAUUUUCAUUGUAUCAUUUGCAAAGAUGAAUUUCUAACGAAAACGGAACGAAACGAACAUUUGGAGACACAUUUCAUUCAUUGUAAUUGCAAAAAUUGUAGCCGCGCAGUUAUUGUGAUUGGUGGCUUAGAAUUUGAAUUACAUCAUCCGACACACUGUACAAAAAAUGAAUCGUUGCAAGAAGAUGUGUUAGACGGCGAGUAUUUAAUGGACGUCAAAUCGGAAGACGAGUACGAUUUUAAGAGCGAUGAGGCGAUUGAAGCCAUAAUCGAACAAGAUUCGGAAAUCGAAUGUUUCCAGAACACAAAACAACACACAACCAAUGCAGAAAAUUCUAAUGAUGAAUCUAGUGAGUUAGUUAAUGAAGUAGAUGCGACGAAAAAGAUAUCGGCGCGAAAAGUAAAACGAAAAUCUGCUAGAAAAUGCACAAAAUCUAGAAAAAAUAAUGAUGGAAACCAUUCUGGGUCAGAUGUGAUAAGUGAUCAGGCGGAGAGUGAAGAUGAACUGAUCAAAGAAAUGGAUGUGGCAAUGAGAAAACGACGUAAACAAUAUGCUAAACUACCAAAAACCAUACCAUGCACGGUGGAACAAUGUGAUGCAAUGUUUGGCACCGAACGUACAUUAAAGAUUCAUAUGCAUCGAGAGCAUGGCAUCAAAGAAAGAUAUAUCUGUCCAAUAUGCGAUCGAGAGUUUAAAAUCAGCGGCAAUUUGAAACAACACAUAGAAACACAUUCGGAUUACAAAAGAUUCAUCUGCAAUUUUUGUGGAAAAGGCUUUCAUUUACCCUUUAACCUAAAGGAACACAUGAACACACAUACGGGAGAUAGACCGUACACCUGCGAUGUUUGUGGUAAAACAUUUGGCAGAAACAGUCUUCGACAGGCUCACAUGAGGGUGCACACCGGCGAAAAACCAUAUAAAUGUGAUGUUGAUACCUGUGAUCGAGCCUAUGCGUACCAAACGGACUUGAAGAGACAUAAAAGAGCUGUUCACGGAAUUAUAAAUAAAACGUUUCCGUGUACGAUUUGCGGAAAGAUUUUUUAUGAGAACAAAUUUCUUACGAAGCAUCUUAAUGUUCAUAAUGAGAAUAAUUAACACGAUCAGCUUUUUUACAGCACUUUUUUAUGGAUGCAUUUUUUAUCCUUAUGUGUCCUGAGUUGAGUUUCAAUAAUAAGAGUAUUAUUUGUUGUUUUAUGUGUUAACAG